AUGACCGGCGAUACGAUUGUUUCUGAGAAAAGACCUCAUUCACCAACAUCUCCAACGAAUACUGAGGAUUCAAGCGAUACGCUGAGAGGAGAUGCCAUCAUUGAGAUUGAGGAGGAUGGAAAUUCAACUACUCGCCCCUCGUCAGACUCGCGCUCGUCGGUGAACGGUGACGGUGCACAGUCUCGCUUUUUAGAUGAGAAACGUCCAACACUAUUGCGACGAAUAACAGGCUCGUUCAAAUGCGAGCCGGAGCCGCUCGAUAUUACUGAAACUAACACCCGAAAGUUGGAAAAUACCCCUAAUGGAUUUCCUCGUCUUGCUGCUUUCCAGUCCAGCGAAGCAAACUUCUCUCUUUACCGUUCUUUCAGCUAUCUCCAUUCUCGAGUCCUGUUAGAUCUACAAGAUGAAAUCACGACUCUUGAGAAGGAACUUGAUGAAGUCGACUGGGACGACUUCGAUGAAGAGCCAGAUCGCCUUCGGUCUCGUGAAAUUGAUGUAACGAAAGCCGCUGGUGAAGGUGAUGCGAGAAAUCGCAGAGUAAUCUUGCGGGAGAUCAAGAACAAACUCAUGGAAUAUGAUGAUGUUCUAAUCAAAGCGAGGUCUCUCGAAGCCUUUCAGAAGCCAUCCGAUCGCAACUACAGAAGUGUUCGUCGCUACCACCACAACGACAAACCUCUUAUGGAUGCUGAGAUGGACUCCAUCCGUAGCAAAGAAGACAUCGUCUCUCUCGCCAAUGGCCGCGAAUGGGCAAAAUUUGACGGUAGUGUCGAGAACGUGAUUGGCAAGAUUGACAAUGGUCUACAAUGGGUGUUCCGAACUAAGGAACCUCCCCUCCAGAGGUUUUUCCGCACCCCUGAACUGAGAGCCAAGACCACAAACCAAUACAUCAGCUUCUAUAGCUCGUCUCGCAUCGACAAGCUGAUCAACAUCUUGAUUACCUUCGUCAUUUUCAUUCUUCUUGUCAUACCAGUUGUGACGAUGUAUCAUCUCACAAGUACUUCAUCCCACGUUGGCGGAAGCUCCAACUUAACCUCGAGUGAUUUGAGCUCAGCUGAUUCCAAUACACGGGAUACAUUUAAUGCGGUGGGCGUUUUAAUAGUCUUCACGCUGCUGUUCUCCGCGGCUAUGAGCCUCCUCACCAAAGCCGCGAGACAUGAGCUGUUCGCUGCAAGUGCAGCAUAUUGUGCGAUUUUGGUUGUAUUUAUUGGAAAUUUUACGGGACCUGGUAAUUAG